AUGCUCUGCGCCCUAUGCUCUGGUUCCUAUUCCCCUUCUCGCCAAACCUCCACCCGCCCCCGCCCCUUUCCAACCCCUACCCCUCAUGGUUUUCCCCUUCCUCCCUUUCCCCCACCCGUUUCUUCCUCCCGCAUGAGGCAGGGAGGAGGGCAGGAGAAAGGAAUUCGAGGGUGGAGUGGCGUCCACUGCGGCAUGUCUCAACCUCUCCCCCUCUCCCCCUCUCCCCCUCCUCCUUCCUUUCUCUCUGCCCGCCGCGCCCUUCCCCUGUUCCUCCUCGCAGGGGGGGUGGCGCACAACAUAGCGGAGUGCAUGGCAGCACUCUCCGCCGCGCCCUUCCUCAUCUCCGCUGUGGGGGAUGACGCUGCAGGCAGGUCGCAUUGCUGCAGGCAGGUCGCACUGCUGCAGGCAGGUCGCACUGCUGCAGGCAGGUCGCACUGCUGCAGGCAGGUCGCACUGCUGCAGGCAGGUCGCACUGCUGCAGGCAGGUCGCACUGCUGCAGGCAGGCCCAUGGCCCACCCUUUCUCCCCCUCUUCCCCACAUUUCCCUCACUGCUUCACCUCAUUUCCCUCACUGCUUCGCCUCAUUUCCCUCACUGCUUCACCUCAUUUCCCUCACUGCUUCACCUCAUUUCCUUCACUGCUUCACCUCAUUUCCCUCACUGCUUCACCUCAUUUCCCUCACUGCUUCACCUCAUUUCCCUCACUGCUUCACCUCAUUUCCCUCACUGCUUCACCUCAUUUCCCUCACUGCUUCACCUCAUUUCCCUCACUGCUUCACCUCAUUUCCCUCCCUGCUUCACCUCAUUUCCCUCACUGCUUCACCUCAUUUCCCAUCUUGCUAUCCCUGUUUGUACCCUCCUGCUUCCCUUAUUUUCCCCCCAGCUUCCCCUCAUUUCCCUUCCCCCACCCCCCCCGCUUCCCCUCAUUUUCCCCGCUGCUGGCCCCUCAUUUCCCUCCCUUGCUUUCCCUCGUUUCCCCCCCUGCUUCCUCUCGUUUCCCCCCUUGCUUUCCCUCGUUUCCCCCCCUGCUUCCCCUCGUUUCCCCCUCUUCUUCACCUCGUUUCAUCUUCCUACCAUAUCUCACACUUUCCCUCUCCCCCUCUUCCCUAUCCUCCCUCUUCUUACGGCACUUCCUUCUUUCCCUCUCAGCCCUGCUUCCCUCUUCCCCCUCUUCCCUAUCUCCCCUGUUUGA